GCUGUUCAGUCUCUGCAGAAAGACACAUCUGCAUUAGCUGUAUAAAGAGUCCCCUUUUCUCAUUCCCCAGGCUUCACAAGGAGCUUCUUUGCGCAGACAUGGAGUUGUUCAUUCUGCUAGUCUUUAGCCUUUGUUGCUGUUAUUGCCAAGCGGUUCCCGUCAUAGACCUAGAGGACCAAGAUAAUGACUUCCUCAAUGCUAUUGAACUAGCAUUGAAAGGACACGAUGCCAGGAGAGAAGAGGGCAAUGCAUUGGCUCUUGAACGGAUCCUUGAAGUCAGUAGAGAAGCAGGCCCUUACAAAACUUGGAUUGUGAAGUAUCAAGUAAGGGAAACCACUUGCGCUGUUGGAGAUUAUGAUUCUUCGCAACGCUGCAAAUUCAUAGCAGCCUCGGAGGGAGACUCAGGCAACUGUACAGCCAUAAUUCACAUUGACAUCUCUCUAGACUUAGUCAGUAUUCAACAGACAUGCAAUAUUAUCUCAGCCCCAAGGAGGGCGGCCACCUCCCAGUCUGCAUGCCCGGGUUGCUGGAACUCCAUGGACCCCAAAAGUUUAGAACUGCUGCCUGUUGUGAGAUACACCGCAGAGCAAUUUAACAACCAAAGUAAUGAGCCUGCCCUUUUUGACGUUAAAGAGAUAUUAAAAGCCAAGUCUCAGGUGGUCGCUGGACGGAAUUACAAAAUUGAAUUUUUGGUAAAGGGGACAAAUUGUGUCAAGGCUCAAUCUCCAGUUCUGACUCCAGCAUGCAGAACCAUUCCUCAAGGUCGUGAAGGUACCUGUACAGCCAGUGUCUCUGUGGAUCUUACAGACAAUAUUGUGAAAGCGACACAUAAGUGCACACUUCAAGUUCCUCCUCCCAGCCGUCCAUGUAUUGGUUGCAGAAAGGAAAUUCUAGCUGAUGCCCCAGAACUGCAGAGACCUUUGGCAGUUGCUGUGGAAAUGUAUAACACAGAAAGUAACGAUGACUUCCAUUUUAAAGCUGAAGAAAUAGAAAAAGCUACAGUCCAGAUUGUGGCUGGCUUAAUAUAUCAAAUAGACUUCAGCAUUAGGAAGACCAAUUGUUCCAAGGCCGAGUUCCCGAAACUGAACGAAUAUUGUACUUCUACAGAAGGCAGCCAACCACUGAACUGCCAGGCUUCGAUUUAUGAGAUACCCUGGGAGUCAAAAAUCACUCCUACAGUUAAAUGCACAGAGGAAGAAACUAAAGAGCAUCAAGAUACAUGCAGAGUCAAUGCCUAUGUGGACCCUAAGUUCAAGAUGGCGCAUCUUAUACAAACAUGCAAAUAUCAAGUUAAUGAAAAUGUCCCUACUCCUGCUCCUGUGUGUGAUCAUUGCCCAAUAAACAUCGCAACUGACAGUCCAGAAUUGGAGAAACCUGUAGCAGCUGCUCUGGAGGAAUACAACUCAAAAAGCCACGUUGACUUCUAUUAUAAACUUGAAGAGAUAACAAAAGCUAAAGCCCAGGUUGUGGCUGGAAUAAUAUAUUCUCUAGAAUUCAGUAUUAGGAAGACCAGUUGUCCAAAGGCCGAGUUCUCAGAAUUGAAUGAAAAUUGUACUGAUGCAGAAGACAGUCAACCGAUCAACUGCCAUGCUUCAAUUUAUGAGAGACCCUGGGAAUCAAAAAUCGCUGUUAUAGUGACAUGCAAGGACGGACAACCUACUAAGCAUAAAGGUACUUGUGCAGCCAGUGCCAAUGUGGACCUUACAAACAAGUUUGUGCAUACUAUACAGAAGUGUAAACAUCACGGUUUCUGAUUGUUCCUGCCUCAUAAACACUGGGGAUGUCACAUUCUCACAUUUUCAGCUAUGAGGGCACCUCUAAACUAUUAUAAUUCCUAUACGCUUAGAAAGCCUUUGAAGGAUUGGCCAAGUUCCGUGAGGAGAAGCCUGUGAACAGCUAUUGCCCUUGGGAUGUAAAAUGAACCUUUUUGUUUUUACAGAGGCAGCAUAUUUCUGAAUAUUGGAUGCUUGAAAUCAAUAGGGGCCAGUCAUCACCUUUACAGCUUGCUUGUGACUAGCCAGGGGCAUCUGGCUAUGGUGGAUUUUCUUGGACUGGAUGCAAAUAUCUGUAGUUAAUAUAUAUGACCUCCAAAUGGGAAUAUAGGUGGGGGCACUUUUUAGUUUUGAUUUGGCCAGAAUACUGUAUUACAGAACACAACUUUGACUGGGUUCACACAACAUGAUAACCCACAGUGGGUUAAAUAAUCCACGGUGGUUCAUUUGACCCACCAUGGGUUAUUGAGUUGUGGGGGAAGAUUUUUUUUUAACUCAUCAUUGAGUUAUUUCUCUGGUCAUGAGGGGAUACCAACAAAAUAACCAACCGUGAGUUGACUAUUAACCCACUGUUGACUGUCGUGUUGUCUGAAUGCAGCCAGUGAUUCUUACAGGUCAAAGAAACAAGUAAGAAAUAGUGGCACCUGGUGAAAGCAUUACAGAAUGCAGCCUCAGUUUUCUUAGAAUCAAAUAGGCUUUGGGGAUGAAAAAGUAGCCCCAACAGUAGCUACUGCUUCAAGAAUUAAAAAGGCAACCAAAAUGAUCAAGGGGCUGGAGAAAUUCCCCUAUGAGGAAAGGUUACAACAUCUGGGAUUGUUUAGCUUAGAAAAAGGAUCAGUAAGGGGAGACAUGAUAGAAGUGAACAAAAUUGUGCAUGGUGUGGAAAAAGUGGAUAGGGUGAAGUUUUCCUCACUCUCUCAAAAUACUAGAACUCGAGGCCUUCCCAUGAAGCUGAAUGAUCAGAGAUUCAUGGCAGAGAAAAGGAAGUUCUUCAUAUAGCUCAUAGUUAAACUUUGGAAAUUGCUGCCACAUGGUGUAGUCAUAGCCACCAACUUAGAUGGUUAUAAAAGGGGAUUAGCCAAAUUCAUGGAGGAUACGGCUAUCAAUGGUUACUAGUCAUGAACUCAGGCAGAGUAUUUGAUAAAACUUUUGAUUUUGAUAAAACCUGAUAUGCUGUGUGUUUUUACAGCUCUCAGGCAGCGUCCUCAUCGUCCUCGUUUAUGUCGUGGUUGUCUAGUAAGCAUUACAACUGACAGUCCAGAACUGCACGAACCUUUGGCAGCUGCUUUGGAAAAGUAUAACUCAGAAAGCAAUGAUGACUUCUAUUAUAAAGUGGAAGAGAUAACAAAAGCUACAAGCCAGGUUGUGGCUGGAGUAAUUUAUCGCAUAGACUUCAGUAUUAGGAAGACUAAUUGUUCCAAGGCAGAGUUCACAAAAUUCAAUGAAAACUGUAUUGCUACAGAACACGAGAAACAGUUGAACUGCCAUGCUUCCGUUUUUGAGAGAGCCUGGGAGUCAGUAAUCCAUACUAGAGUGAAAUGUGACGAUGGACCACCUACUCAGCAUCUGGGAUAGAGCUCUCCACUUAUGCGGCCAUUCUCACACCUUCAUGGCCUCGACCUCGUAGAGGUUGGGAAAUGACACACGAUUCUGGACUAAACCUGAGAAGAGCGUCAGCUGCCAAUUUAUAUAGGACUCCAUUUUAAUCGUUAUUUGAUGGGCAAACUUGCAUGUUAUUACACAACCUCAAAUUUCAGGAAGGAUCGGACAAUUUCAAGUAACUAAAUACAUUAUGAUGGCUUUUUGGUUUUUGCAGGCAAAGCCAUGUUCUACCCAUCACCAUAGUUUCAGAGUAAACAUGACCUCUCCUAGAAACUGAGGCACUGCUCAGUUAGGUCAUGCUCAUAGAUGAGGCCACCAUCAAAAAAACAAAAACAAAGGAUAGGUCUUCUGUGAAAGGAUGUAAUAAAAAAAUCCAACUGAAGAGAAAAAGACAAAGGAUAGACCUUCUGUGAAAUACCAAAUCCACCAUCCACUUCAAAAACCUUUUCUAUAAGAGGAAGAUAUAAGAAUAAAUCGAAACUAAGAUUUCUUUUUUCAGAUUCCCAAAUUCCCCAUUACAAGACAGCCCUGCAAGUUUAAUUUUUAUAUUUGACUGACUGCCAGUUCUGACACAACCAUUUGCUCCAAAGUGUCUAGGAAGACCAUGGAAACCUAUGAUAGUUCCCAUAACCUUGCUUCAGGAGGACCUAGUGAACUUCACACUUGCAGAACUUCUACCUUCCCAUGAAGAAGAAAUGGCUAAACCCCAUGAAACAGUUUCAGAUGCCACCUAGAGAUGUUUUGAAGAUUUUCUUCUUGCAGAUGCUCUGCUGCAAAAAACAAAUUGUGUCUUCAAGAACCCAGAAAAUCCUGCAACAAUGGAGGUGAAAAAGUUCUUGGGACUUGGAGUUGCAGACAUAUAUAACAUUAAAACCGGACUUUCAAUUGCAGAUGGUUCUCCUGCAGUUUGUUGAGCUCAUUUGCAAUGUAAUUGUCAGAUGUACAAAUCAGAAAUGUAAACACUGAUUUGGUCAUCAAUGUUGCUUUUUCAAGAUGCUUCAACUGGGCUCUCUGCUUCUUUCAUUGUUGAAGUGAAGCAUGAAUUUUUAUGCAAACAUUCAUCACCUUCCUUUGUUUUCAUAAAGGGAAAAAGCAGAAGCAAAUUUGAAGAGAUAUCAAAUUGAUCCAUAGACUGGGAACGUGGAGGUUGAUGUGGCAGCCCUGGGGCUGCAGAAAGCCCCCAGUUUUGAAAUCCGUGGUGCUCCACCGCAGGCAUGCCUCGUCUUUCUCGCUCCCCCGCCAGCCCCUGCCCUCGCUGGCCCAAACCAUGGCCCGGUACCUGCGUUCCCUGGAGCCCCUGAUGAGCCCAGAGAACCUGGAGCAACCGCAGCAACUGGUGUCAGAGUUCGAAGCGCCGGACGGAGAGGGCGAGAGGCUCCAGGCACGGCUGCCACGCAGGGCGGCUCACAUGGAGAACUGGAUCACGGAUUGGUGGGUUCAGUCGGCCUAUCUGGAAAGCCGCCUCCUGCUGGCUGUUCACUCGAGCCCAGCUGUUGCGCUGCCAAAGCAGGAUUUU